AUUGAUUUUUAAAUAUGUUUCUCAUGUGUACUGUAUUAGCAGUUUAGCACACAAUACACAUGAGAUAAUAGCGAGACUGUAAAAUAGGAAACAAAAAACUAUACUUUCCGAUCACUUUUUAUCGCUAGUUUUGUUUUUCAUCACUUCUGCACAAAAAAGCAAUAGAUUUCUAGUGAAAGCGAAAAAGUUUGUGUGUUUUCAUUGCCCCGAAACCUGUGUCUCAUUUAUGUGAUAUGUUUUCAAUGAAGAGAUUGCUUUUAUACAUAACUUUCCGCAACUCAUCCACGUAUUCAAUCCUACUAUACAUCACUGGCAUCACAUUCAUCGUAAUCGUAUUGUCCGUAUUAACGCUCAAUAAUUUUGACAUCAAUUUAAACACAAUUAGAAAAUACUAUUCAAAGCAUGGUUUCAAUGGUAGUAUUGUUUUCGAGACAAAUGUUAUACACGAGACCACAAGCGAUGAGACGUUUGUCAUCCGACAUAAUAGUGAGACAAAUGCCGCGAAAGUCGUAUACAAACCACUGGUCCCUAAGUUGUCACCGAAAGUGCACCAAAGGCUAUGGUUUCUGACGAACGGCACCGGGAGGUUAGGGCCGGUAGAGGCGGCGCAGUUAGCCCUGUGGCCCGAGGAGUCCACUCCCAGCGAUGAUAGGGUUGUGAAUCAGUUGCUGUACGUGCCGUUAGAUUACGAGAAAACUGCGGACAAACAUAAGACUAUUUAUUUGAGCGCAAGUGAUAACGAUUGGCGGCUAUCGUUGGGUCGGAAGGAGUUCCUCAGGUGUCCGGUCAGUACCUGUCAGUUAGUGCCCAGAAGUCACGCACAAAAGGCUGAUCUCAUAUUUUUUAAGAAUCGGUACGGCUUUCGGGAGUUUGAGGUAAACCGUAAUCCGGACCAGAUUUGGGCCAAAUUCGAGAUCGAGAGUCCAGCGAACAUACAGCUCAUAGGACCGGACAACCAAAUCAAUUGGACGGUCACCUACCGACACGACUCGGAGAUACCGACGCCUUAUUACAAGUUUUACGAGUAUGAGAGGUCUGCCACAAAGUCUAUUAUUCCCCCCGUUAACUAUGCAUUCAAUAAGACUAAGAAAGUGGCCUGGUUCGUGUCCAACUGUUUCGCUAAUAACAAGCGCCUGGAGUACGCCAAAGAGUUGGCCAAACAUAUCCAGGUCGACAUCUAUGGCCGCUGCGGUUCAAUGGACUGCUCGAAGUCUGAUAAUGAUUUAUGUCAGCAAAUGGUAGACAAAGACUAUAAGUUUUAUUUAUCGUUUGAGAACUCAAACUGUUUGGACUAUAUUACGGAAAAGUUUUGGUUUAAUGGACUCAUGCAUAGCGUAAUACCAAUAGUAAUGGGCGCCCACCCCUUGACCUACAAACGGCUAGCGCCCCCGCACUCCUAUAUACACGUCGACGACUAUAAAUCGCCCAAACAUUUGGCCAGUUAUUUGCACAAAUUGGACAGUAAUGACCAGUUGUAUAACGAGUACUUUGCCUGGAAGGGAACGGGCGAUUUGCGGGAGAUAUACAUGUGGUGUCGUUUGUGUGCCCUUUUGCAUGCACCUAAAAGUGAGAGAUACUAUAAAAGUCUUGGCCAGUGGUGGCAAACCAGUGAUACAUGUGUGCCCACAACGUGGACUGAU